AGGUGGAUCGGUGUAGCAGAUGAAGGACGUGUGCGUGUGAGAGUACAAGACGGUUCCCCCUCCCCCGGCUAUCAAGACUACACGCAGCUUCAAGAACUAAUGGGGGAUUACAAGUUUAGUGUCAAUUCUAACGUUGGGUCUGUUUCAUCUGUGGAAUUUCCCGCAAGUUCGACUAGUAGUUCAUCGCUGUUUUUUACGACACCAACGUCUGUGCCGGAUACUAUUUCGUCACAUCAGCAUUCAACUAUGCAAGAUGAACUUUUGAUAGAAAAAACUGCUGUAAAAACGACGCAGCAACUUUCACCGAAUUCAGAUGUCAACGGAGAGCAGGCAGUGAAAACCAAAGAAGAUGAAACUUCAUCUGGAAACAUUGUGCAGACUGAAAACAAGCAGAACGAACAGUCACAGAUCGGGCCUGCCGUUACUGCUCCGCUCCAGCUCGGAACUGGAUUUAAUGUAUCUGAACCUAGUCUUAACGUGAUUAAUUCUAGUAAUACUUCCACGGCUAGCUUGUGGUCUUCAGGACCGAUGGAGGAGGGUCUUUUGCACAGUUUAAAUGUACCUGCUGUAAAUGGGACCUUAGCAUUUCAGAAUUUUCCUCCUACUAAUCCAAAUCCUUUAUAUAAUACUAGUUUAGGACCUCAGAUCGCAGGCUUACCACAGUCGCAAGGACAGCCUCCACAAAGGCGAGCCAUCACAGCAACUCACAACUUUCCACAUAAUUUAUCUCGCCAGAUCCAGCACCAAAAUCAUCCGCAGAAUAUGUUUAUGGCUAAUAAGGGUUAUACUUCUUGGUCCAGUCCUCAGCAAAAUACAUGGUCACCGGGCCCGCAGAACCAAGCUAACAUGCAAGGUUUGUCACCGUGGAAUAGAGGAAGAUCUGUACCAAAUUUGAAUCCACUUCAAACCAUGGGUAACAUGGGCAAUCUAGGCAACAGGAAACCUAGUCCAACAUUUAAUCAUCAACACUCCGGAAUGGUUAUUUCACCGAUAAAAUUUCGACGCAGUACUUCAUACCCAGGCAAAGGACUUUUUCCUCAACCACCAACGUUUGAAAUUACCAACAUGGAUGAAAACAGAGAAGUGCUGCUUCCUUAUCCGACCGCCAGAAGCACUGACAGCCAAGAUGCUUUCCUGCCGGGGUUCAGCUGUAAGAAAGGCCGACGCCCGUAUGUUGGGACAGUGACCUGAGGGCAAGGCAACCGUGCUCCUCACUUGUUUUGACACCGGCUUGAGCACACCUUGAUGAGGACCGCCAACCACCGCCAUUCUGUAGAGGCUUUGCCAGAACAUCGCCGAAAGUGCGGCGGGAUGCCCGUAGAUAUGGAAUGUUUGGAGAAAAGACGUCGAACGAAUUGCAGUGUGUAAAGUAUGCAAUGAUUAUAAUUAUAGAGGAAUUUAUGGAACUCGUUUGAUUAUUCCCUUCAAGUAUUGACAGAUUGUCUCAGACGUGUCCAAAUGCAGCUGUUGUUUGCUAUGUAAACACAGCAUAUUGAUGAGACCUUCUCCUAUCUCUCUCACUCUUGUGUUGUCUGUGAUGGUUGAAACUUAAGUCCACAAUCGUAUCAAGCAUAAUUUCAGACCACGUAUUUGUGUACUUCGCUUCUGAUUAGUUUCUUUACCGAAAUAAAAAUGUCUGAUUGUGCCAUGUAAUUUUUUGAAUCCAGACUCAUACA